UAGAUAUUAAAAGAAAAAAAAAUCAAAGUUUUAUAGUUUGGUAAAGUUCAUUAUAGUAAUUUAAAGUAGACUAGAGAUAGUUACAUUCAUGAUUGAUGAUUCUAACGAAAAUCGAAAAGAGUGAAAGUUUGUGAAUAUUCAUUUUUUACUAUGAGAUUAGAGUUGUCACGGAAUAUAAAGAAUUGACUAAAUUGAACAUAUUAAUAUCUUUUGGGACUAAUUCCAUAAAUUUCUGUUUAUAUAAAUAUGCCCCCUCACACGCAGCUGCAAGCAUGCAUAUCGUUUCAUAAUCUCUCUCUCUCUCUCUCUCUCUCUCUCUCUCUCUCUCUCUCUCUCUCCGGUAGGCUAUGGAGGGAGGUUUUCAAUCCCUGCUACUCGCCGGAAAAUAUGGAGUCGGUGAUGAUAAUUUUUCAGCUCUUGCAAAUUCCGACGAUGCAUACUUCAACAGAGACCUGAGUUUUCAGUCUUUCAAUUUCGACAAAUCAAUGCUUUCGUUGAUGCAAUAUCCGUACGGUUCAUCAACACCGGACGCUAAUCUUCAGAGUAGCAAAAUCGGUGAAUGUUCGAAGGAAAAGAGCAAAUGGAGGUGCGUCGAGAGGGAGGAGAAACCUAAAAGGGUGAAAAACGAACCUUCAAUGGAGCAAUUCAACUUUAGUCCGGCGAUUAUGUUCGGUCAGUUACCGGAGCUCCAAUCAGUGGAACAAAUGAGGCAAACGGCGGAGAGGCGUUUCAAACAGUCGUAUUCGCCAAUAGCAACUACUACAAAUCCGCACAUGCUCGAACCGACAUUGUCGCCGUUUCAAUUGACUCCGAACUACAUCACUCCGGUGCCGCUGCGACAGAUAAAACCUCCUAUCCCUCCUCUGGCGAAGUUUUCUAAUCGAGAGCAGGCGCGUAGGCGACGUAAUACGCUCAGCGACAAGACGCGGACCUUACAGAAGGUGCUUCCAUGGGACAAGAAGAUGGACACGGCUACGACCUACGAAGAAACCUACAAGUACAUUAAGUUUCUCCAAGCUCAGAUCUCUGCUCUUGAAUCAAUGCCUGUUGCUUCUACUUCCUCCUCGCCUCUCGGAUCUGAAAACCCUAGGCAGAUGAUGAAUCAAUACGGUGGAUUGGGGAAAUUGAACAGACAACAACUGUUGGAGGUUCUAGUUAACUCUCCCUCGGCACAGACGGCAUUGUAUUCCAAAGGUUGCUGCAUUUACUCGCUGGAACAGUUGAUUUUGUUCAAGGACAUCUCCGAGAAGAAUUUCUUCCUCUCCGGCUCUUCUGUUUUCUCUUGAAUCUCUCAUAUUCAAGAAUCCAAUCAUCCGUUUUGGUCGUAUUUUGCAAUUAUCCGGCUCCGGCAGCAGGGUGAAGGUCAGAUUUAGGAGUAGUUUGGUUGUUUCUUAUGAUCAGAUUGGGAGUUUUAGCUGUAAAAAAAGUAUGCAUGAAGUCUCAGUUUAACAGUUUUGGUAAUCAUUACCUUUUAGACUUUUUGUGUAAUUUCUUGAAAUGGACCCCGGAUUGAAAAUCA